UCGCUGCAACUUUCUAUUUUCGCAGCCCUAAACUCGUUUGUCUCUCGAGAAUCUCUUUACUCCUUCAAUCAACAAUGGAAUUCUGGGGAGCUGAAGUGAAGGCAGGGAAGCCACUUAAAGUGAAACCUGAUGAAGACUGUCUCAUCCACCUUUCACAGGUAUGUAUUGAUAACGGGAAGAAGGGUGAAACUGCGCUCUUGUACGUGACGGUUGAUGGGAAGAAGCUUGUGAUUGGAACACUUUGUCAGGGGAAUAUUCCUCAGAUCAGCCUUGAUCUGAUAUUUGACCAGGAGUUUGAGCUCUCACACUCGUUGGAGACAGGAAGUGUCCACUUCAUUGGCUACAAAUCGCCCAACAUCGAUGAUGAGGAGUGUUACUCUUCUUCUGACUCUUCUUCUUCUGAGGAAGUGGAGGUCCCUGCAACUGACACUGCCAAUGGGAAUGCUGGAGCUGCUGCUUCGAGUGUUGUCAAGGCUGACUCGGAACCAAAGACCAAGCCUGCUGAAGAAGUGAAGCAUGAAUCAGACGAUGAUGAUGAUCAAGGUUCUGACAGUGGUUGCAUUUGUUUUUCUAGUGGAUGGAUGAUUGAGAUGAUGAGGAAGAUGAUUCUGGGGGCAAAGAAGAAGUGAUACCUUCCCUAUUACUCCUCCUUGAUUCUAAAAACUGAAAAAAACUGUUAGUGAAACUGAAAAAAACUGUUUGCUGCAGGUUUUGCUCUUUUGAUAUUUGACUCUUUGUUUUUUGAUAAUAAUGCAAACUAAGUUAAU